CCGCCACGAUGCCCAAGAGGAAGGUCAGCUCUGCGGAGGGGGCGGCCAAAGGGGAGCCGAAGAGGAGGUCGGCCAGGUUGUCAGCCAAACCCGCUCCUGCAAAAGUGGAAGCGAAGCCCAAAAAGGCGGCAGGAAAGGGUAAGUCUGCAGGCAAAAAAGUGCAAACGAAAGGGGAAAGGGGAGCAAAGGGAACGCAGGCGGAAGUGGCUGACCAGGAACCUGAAGAUCUACCUGCGGAAAACGGAGAAACUGAAAACGAGUCCCACCUCAGAUGAAGCAGGAGGAAAAGAAGCCAAGUCUGAUUGAUGUCAUAUGCCAGGUCUUAUCGGUGGUCCCUGUCUCCCUUCUUGUACAAUCCAGAGGAAUAUUUUUAUCAACUAUUUUGUAAAUGCAAGUUUUUUAGUAGCACUAGAAACAUCUUUAAGAAGGAGGGAAUUCCACCUCAUCCCAUUGUUUAAAGUGUAAAUGCUUUUUUUAAA